AUGAAUGUCGAAAAUAGAGGGCCCGAGCUAUUAGCCAUCAUCUGGGUUUUCACGGCCAUAUCCAUCAUAACAAUCGCUAUCAAGCUUGUAACGCGCGCGCAUAUACUUCAUGCCCUAGGCUGGGACGACUUCUUUAUCUUUGUUUCUGCGGUUCUUGUUGUUAUUUGCACGUCUAUCUUUACUUACGAUGUCUCUCUGGGGAUGGGCAAACAUGCGUGGGACCUACCAGACCCGCAGGCUCUCAGUUAUGCUGUGAAGAUCAACUUCAUCGCCAAUCCUUUUGGCAUAAUGGCAUAUUCAUUUCCUAACAUAUCCGUCGCCAUUCUUUUAGAACGGUUAAUGGCCCCAAAUAGACUGCGUGCUAUCGGUCUAUACACUCUGGUUGGUCUUCAGUGCGUUAUUGCGGGCAUUUCAUGCGUUCUCCUAUUUGUUCAAUGCACGCCAACGGAGUACCUCUGGAACCCUACAAUCCCAGCUGUUUGCCUUCCGCCGGGGACUAUCUCUGGCUAUUCAUAUUUUGUUGGAUCCUUCACUGCAGUUACGGAUAUCGUGCUCGCAAUUGUUCCCGUAGCCGCAUUCUGGAACCUGAACCUUCCGACCAAGUCAAAGGUCAGCUUGUGCUUUUUAAUGAGUUGCACAUUGUUUGCUGCCAUCUGCGCCAUCAUCAAGACCACCAAGCUCUAUCAACUAGAGGAUCUGGAAGACUUCACGUACGGCACUGUGGACCUUGUCAUAUGGGCCAUCGUUGAGGCCAAUGUGAUUAUCAUCGCUGCUUGCAUGCCCACUCUGCGGCCAUUCUUCAGUCACACUUUUCAUAGACAAUCACCGUCCGAAGAAGGGUCUAACCCUAAUAAACCAAGGACCGUCUUCAGCCUAGGCUUCAGUUCCACUAGCUCUGCCAUGCGCGCGAAAAGAAGCACAAAAGACUCCUUUGCUAGACAGGAACAGGACCCAAUGCAUGAAGGAAAGUCCUCGAACGACUCUGGCCAAGCAAUAUGGCGCACCAUUGACACAACUGUAGCCUAUGACGGUUAUGGAAAUGCGAUCCGCCACGACGCACCUCGCAGAAGUCCGGUCUUCGACAAUCCGGCCUAUGAGAUUCCCAUUUACGAAAACCAAACACAUGCAAUCACCACCCAGGACAGUCGAGUUCACGGAUACGUCGUAUAUGGAAAUGCUGUUUGA